AUGUCGAACGUCUUUUUCGAUAUCACGGUCGACGGCAAGCCUCUCGGUCGCAUUGUCUUCAAGCUGUACGACGAUGUCGUCCCGAAGACGGCCAAGAACUUCCGUGAGCUUGCCACCAGCGAACACGGCUUCGGCUACAAGGGCUCUGCCUUCCAUCGCAUAAUCCCCAACUUUAUGCUCCAGGGCGGUGAUUUCACUCGCGGUAACGGCACUGGCGGAAAGUCGAUCUACGGCGAGAAGUUCGAGGAUGAGAACUUCAAGCUCAAGCACACGAAGCCUGGUAUCCUCUCGAUGGCAAAUGCCGGAAAGAACACCAACGGAUCGCAAUUUUUCAUCACUACGGUCACUACGUCUUGGCUCGACAAUGCCCACGUCGUUUUCGGCGAGGUCGUUGAGGGAUACGACACCGUAGUCAAGCGGGUCGAGGCGCUUGGUACUGCGUCCGGUACUCCCAAGGCGAAGAUCGUCAUCGCCGACAGCGGUGUUCUCUAA